GAGGAGAUGAGGCUCAACUUCGUCGCUUCCUGCGAGCUGCUCAACGCACGCGCCGGGGCAUCCUCGCCUUCGAAGGAGCCCCUGGGGCUCCCGGCUCCGCUCUCGCCGGCCUCCGCGCUCCUGGACCUGGCGAGGGUGGCCAUCCGCUGCGCACCUGCCUCGGGGCGCCCCGAGCCGCCGCCGCCGCCGAAGCCCUCGGCCGCGGCGGCGCUGCUGCUGACGACGCCCGCGCGGCCCUGCGCUGCCGCCGCCAGCGCGCCCGGG